AUGCCGCUCUUGGAGGCAACACCAGAGCCUAUGGCACGAGUGUUGCGUUCCUCCUCCUGGACACCUGGGCGCAGAACCCUUGAGCUUGGAAAUUCUUCUGGAUUGACUGGUUUGGUUCGCAUCUUCUUGGUCCACACCACGCUGCUCAAAAUGCCACAGGAGUUGGCCCUCACUGUGCCAGAAGAACUCUUGCACCAGGCAGAUGAAUCGGCUUGGCAUCGAAACCAAAAUAGUUCAGUCAUGGCCUCCAGAGCACUGAGCAGCCCAGCCUUUGUGGGUGGAGCAAUCCUUCCCUUUUCCGCGGCUCCACAUUUCGGAACCGCCAAGACCAAAGCCACCGGCGCAGCACGUGGGACAAGUGGCAAAUAUGGCAUCUAUUCCUGUGCUGCGGCUGCAGCAAUCACUACUCUCCAGGCCAGACGGAUGAGGAAUGUCAAAAGAGCAGCUUGUGGUCCAGCCACGACGGGUGUCCUCAACAAAGCUGAGAAGCUGCAGGUCCCUCAAUUCCUAUUGGGCAAUGUCGACAUUUUCAUUUUCGAUUGUGACGGUGUCAUUUGGAGAGGCGACUCUGUGAUUCCAGGGAUCCCACAGGUAAUUGACAAGCUGCGAGCUGAUGGCAAGACACUCUUCUUUGUGACAAACAACUCCACCAAGAGCCGGGCCGGAUACAAGUCGAAGUUCACUUCGUUGGGCUUGGACGUGCAGCCAGAGGAGAUUUUCUCUUCAUCGUUUGCUGCAGCAGCAUAUUUGGAGCAGACGAAAUUCAAGGACACUGGCAAGAAGGUCUACAUCAUCGGAGAGAAAGGUAUUUCUGAGGAGCUUGAUUUGGUUGGCAUCCCCUGGUUGGGUGGUGAGGGAGACAAAGACCAGGCACCGAACUUGGGUUCAGGAGGCAAAGUGGAUGUGGACCACGACGUAGGAGCUGUGGUUGUCGGUUUUGACCGCCACAUCAACUACUACAAGUUGCAAUAUGCCCAGUUGUGCUUGAACGAGUUGCCAGGUUGCGAAUUUAUUGCCACCAACAUGGACCGUGUGACGCAUCUGACAGAUGCGCAGGAAUGGGCAGGAAAUGGGACUAUGGUAGGAGCUGUCUCAGGUUGCACAGGAAGAGAACCAACAGUUGUCGGGAAGCCUGCUCCACUGAUGAUUGACUACAUUGCCCAGAAGUAUGGCAUCUCCGAUCGUUCCCGCAUUUGCAUGGUCGGCGACCGCUUGGAUACCGACAUUGCUUUUGGACGCAACAAUGGCCUCAAGACAUGCUUGACACUCUCAGGUGUUACAAGUGAGGAUGAACUCAUGGAUCGGGUGCCCCGAAAGAAAGGUACUGAGGGAAUCCAGCCAGAGUUCUAUGUGGACACCAUUUGCGACUUCUAUGGCAUCCGGAUCUCGUCGGAUCUCCGCAUCACAAGCUUGCUGUUCAACUUCGUCUGCCGAGUCAUCGGCGUGAUUGCCACCUUGCGAGGCAGCAGGUUCCGGGCCUUCUUCUUCGACAAAGCGAUUAUCCGGUCUGGCUCACGGACACAUUGGCAUUGUGGAAUGCUCCAUCAAGAUAAGAAGACAGUUCAAAAGCUCCUCCGGGGCGCUGAUGUGAAUCGCUGGCAAGCCGUGGUCCAAGCAUGCCAGACCCACAAUGAGUUCGAGCGCAUCGAGGGCUAUAGUCCUUUCCAAUGGGCGUUCGGACGCCAGCCAACUAUGUCCAAGAGAUUUCAUGAUGCUGGCUACGACGACCCGCGGUGGACUUCGUCCCCAGUUCCAUCGAGCAACAUGGCUGCUAAUUUGAAGCUUCAAGUUCAAGCCCAACAAAACUUUUUGAAGCUCCAGUCACAAGAGGCCAUCACUAGAGCUGCCAACUCCAAGACCCGCAGAGCUUUGGUUUUCCUUCCAGGUGAUUUGGUUUUCUUCAAGCGCAUCAAGCCACCAGCUCAGCCCCAGGCAAGCGCGCGGCUGGCACACAAGAUAUGGCGCUGGUAUGGGCCAGCUCGUCAGAGUAGCUCUAGUGCUAGCCGGGUAGACCUUGAUCGGUACCUCACCGAUCCCGCGUAUGCGCCAGCGCCGCAUGCCACGCAGAGCAGCAAUCGCUCGACCUCCGAGCUCUUCCAGCAGCCGAUGUUCAAGAAACGUCGGAAAGAACUUGGAGUGAGCGACGCUGAAGAGUUUUUGGUUUCAUCAUUUUUCAUGUCCGAUGGCACCUCGCCCUUGGAAGGAAUGGCCUGCGCCAUCGAGCUCCCCAUGCCUGACGAGGCCAGCGACUGGAGGCGCCUGAAACGCUCUCCCGACGCCUUCUACGCCAAGAAGAUCAAAGGAGCAGAAUUACAGUGGCACCUCUUGACAGUGGACCAGAAGAAGGAGCUCGAGGUCGCAAAGCAGGCCAAAGAGGAAUGGGCAGAAGCUUUGACGGGAAUCGAGCAGAUCAACUUCGAGAGCCGGCCAGACCAUGAGUUGGCCAAUGCUGAUGGGCUCACUCAGAACUUCGUGGAGUCCUUGGUCGAGCUUGCUGUGAGCCGCGUCCCCACGGCACUAGUGGUGGACGCGGGAGCUUUGUAUGAUGUGCUCCAAAAGAAGGAUUUGAAUAGCUCGGCAGCAGGUUUGAAGGACAAGUUUUCGUCCUUGGAAGUUUUGUGCCUCCUUGAGUCACUGAGCCGGAUGGAGACCACGGUUCGGUGGUCUGAGGCCCAACUGGCCGACGCUUUGACCAAGCCCUUUGCCACCGGGAGUGCUCCAGAAAGCGCUGAUCGAGGGCUGUUGGACCUUGGCCUUCGAUCCAACCAGCGUGAAGAAGCUUCGUGCGAAGGCAAGGGAGUUGAAGCCUGA